AUGAUGUCAACCUUCAGCUUCAAUGACAGCGCCGUGAAUCACCAAACCUUCAUCCUCGUUGGCCUUCCUGGGAUGCAGGAGCUCAACUCUUGGAUGGCCUUCCCUCUCUGCCUGCUCUACCUCCUGACUCUCUUUGGGAACCUUGUGAUCCUCUUUGUCAUCAAGACAGAGGAAAGCCUCCACGAGCCCAUGUACCUCUUCCUCUCCAUCCUCGCCUGCUCAGACCUGGGCCUCUCGCUGUCCACGAUGCCAACGAUGCUGGGCGUUUACUGGUUCGAUGCCAGGGAAAUUUCUUUCACUGCCUGCCUCGCUCAGAUGUUCUUCAUCCAUCUGUUUCAGUGGUUAGAGUCUGGCGUCCCUGUGGCCAUGGCUUUUGACCGCUUCAUUGCCAUACAUGACCCCCUGAGAUACACCUCACUUCUCCCAAAUACGGUAAUUGCCAAAAUAGGAAUAGCUAUCUUAUCCAGAGCUUGCUGCCUCCUCCUCCCGAUUCCUUUUCUCAUUAAACGACUGCCUUUUUGCAGGUUUAAUGUCCUCUCUCACUCCUAUUGCCUCCACCCGGAUGUCAUGCAUUUGGCCUGUGCAGACAUAACAGUCAACGUCCUGUAUGGUCUGAUUAUAGUCAUUAGCACACUGGGGCUGGAUGUCGUGCUCAUUCUCGUCUCGUAUGUCCUGAUUCUGCAGACGGUCCUGAGCAUUGCGUCCCACGCAGAGCGCUUGAAGGCCCUGAACACCUGUGUCUCCCACGUGUGUGCCAUCCUGAUUUUCUAGAUUCCAAUGAUAGGCAUCACAGCAGUUCAUCACUUUGGAAGACACCUCUCUCCCCUUGUCCACAUGCUCAUGGCCAACAUCUACAUUGCGGUCCCGCCAGUUCUUAACCCCGUUGUGUACAGCGUGAAAACCAAGCAGAUCCGGCAACGCAUUUGCAAAAUGUUCCAGUGA